AUGUGUAUUCUUUCUACCGUGUUAACAAAAGGCGUGGCAGGAGGGUCCCACUACACCAAACAUGGCGGCGGCUCCAACUACCUGUGUCUCCCAACUCGCAAUGUAUCAUGGGAUCACUUCAAGGAUGCCCCUCAGACGAAGAACUUCCUGUACGGCUCAGAGUUCCAAAUCCACGGGCAGGACGACUUCUUCUCCACGGUCAAUGCCGAGGGGAUCGCUACGGUGGCGGACUACGACGUGCCGUGCGCCGUCUGUCGGGCUCAGGUCCGGUCCAGUACCGUCAUGAUCCCCGCACGGACGGCAUGUCCUAACGAUUGGCACAAGGAGUACCAGGGUUAUCUGAUGAGUGCCCACGAGACGCACCAAGGACGCACAGAGUUCGUCUGCGUAGACAAGAACCCGGAUGUGGCGAUCGGCACCUACGAGAGCAAAGAUGGCGCCCUGUUCUAUCUGGUGGAAGCCGCGUGUGGCUCUCUGCCGUGUGGUCCUUACAUCGCUGGGCGGGAAAUCACCUGUGUAGUCUGUACAAAGUAACGCAACUCAGAAUGUGGUACAUUGGUUGUACUUCAUAAGGAUUUCUAUACCAACGAUUCUACUGAAUGAAUGAAGACCUUUUCUGUACCCAAGUACCCAUAGGUUCAUAGAUACAUGUAUUGUGCGUGUACAUGUAUACAUGUAUACGUUAGCAUGAGUAAUAUCGUCUUGAAUUCAGCUUCUUCUCACUUGUUUCACCACUGUUUAAUGACGAUUUCUACAAGAAGUAAUUUGCUUGACAAUACGUCGUCGUUUACGGUUUCAUUUCCAGUUGAAAUUGCAUCACGACAGACGAUAAGUGGACAACUGGAACUUCCAGGAACUCUUCCGGAAGUAGUUGAAGUGACAUAUUUUUAGAACAAUACGUUCCUAAAAGUGAAAAAGAGACGAGAAUAUACAUAUUUACGCAGAAUUAGGAAGUUUCGUUUCGCGUCUACAGAAUUUUUGUAUCUAUUUGUGUCAUGUCCUGACUCGACAUCCUCAUACAUUUGUAUCUAGGCCAGUAUAUUUUAUCGCUCUGGGCCGAGAUUGUAUUAUCGCAGACACAAACUUGGAAUGUGUCCAAUAUUUACUGCACAUCCUGAUUAACACAUCAUGACUUCA